GACCGGCGAUAAAAAAAGGCGAAUGGCUCAGGCCAGUGCUGUGUACAAGUAGUAGAAAAGAGCAGAGAGAGAGAGAGAGGUCCCUCACUGCCAAGCAUAGAAGACAGACAGAGACAGAGGAGAGAGAAACCAAGAGAGACAGAGGCAAAGACAGAGUAGCCUCCUCCUUCCCAGUGAAAAACAAACAAGCAUCUUUCACUUGUUGAUACUCUUUUCUCUCCUGCUUGGGCGAGUGAAGAGGUGAAAGCUUGAGAGCAUAUAAAGCUUGAGGCCUGAUUUCUGCGUUUCUCGGAGAAUUUGUCUUCAAAAAAGAAGGGCAACCAGUGGAUUUAUGUCGUCUUGGUUUAUUCUGGCAGUGAUUGGGGCUCCGUUGAAGCUCUUCAUUGUUUAUGCUUUCGUUUCUUUCUUCUUGACUCUCUUCGUUUGCUACUGUUGCUGUAUGCUACACUGCAUUCUGAGCCACAAUACUGUGAACCUACCUGUUUCAAUGCGAUUGAGGCCAAAAAGGACUUGUUGUGGAGUGGAGUGUUUCGGAGGCUUUCACAUACAAAGAUUUUCUUAUCUCUUCAUAUUCUUAAGAGGGGAUUUCACCUAAGACCUUGAGAGAUUUUGCUACCUUUUUUUUUUGUUCCUUGGAGAUUCCCUUCUUUGAUUCGAUUCGGUUUCCUUUCUGGGUACUCUUGAGGGAGGUUUUUGGAGGGUUUUUCUCUUUAUUUUUUUUUUACCACCAUGUCCGAGUUUCGAAAACAACCGGCUUCUAGACCGAAGCAAAAGCUUCGCCAACAGCACUCCUCGAAAGAGUCAAAGGCGAUGAGAAAACUUCGCAUCAUUUGCGACGAUCCUGAUGCUACUGAUUCAUCCGAAGAUGAGUCUGAGAGGGUUCAGAAGCCGAGAAGAGUAAAAAGAAGCGUGUUGGAGAUGUCUCUUCCCCCUCUCCCUCAAACAUUCACCACCACUACUCCUGAAACUAGCUCCUGUGAGGUGAAUAGCAGCAAAAAUGCAACAUUGAAGGUUUGCACUGAAGGUCAACCCCAGAGCAAGAAGAGGGUUUUGACUCACACUCCAUCAACGAGAAGGAGCACUUGUGGGAAAUAUAGAGGUGUUAGGCAGAGAAAAUGGGGUAAAUGGGCUGCAGAAAUUCGUGACCCGUUUCAGUGUACUCGUAUAUGGCUUGGCACUUUCAACACUGCAGAAGAGGCUUCCAAAGCCUAUGAAACCAGAAGGCUUGAGUUUGAAGCCAUGGCAAAGACUCAAACUCUAAAAACUGGUUCUGAACCUUUGUCUACAACUUCUGAUAAGAGUAACUGCUGUAACUCCUCUGCUGCUGCCGCCGCCGAUGUGUCUGUGUCUGAAAAGUUUUCUACUACUUCUGAUGACUCGGAAGAGAGUAUGUUGUCACACAAUUCACCAUCCUCUGUGCUUGAGUUGGAUACCUCGGCUUCCAAAUCCGUUGAGAAGGGUAAUGGUUCAACUGAGGAAGCUACUGGGGCUAAUAAUUUGGUGGCUGAACUUGCAGGGCUUGAGAUACCAGAUUUGAGUCUGUUGAACCUGCCACCACCACCAUCUGUUGCUGCGGAUGCUGCUGGGAUUGAGCCAAAUUUUGGGCUUGAUUUUGAUUGGCUGUCGUUUAAUGAUUAUGGACAGGGUUUUGAGGAUUUCGGUGGCUUGGAGAACAUUCAUAUUGGUGGGUUUGAUGACACUGAGCCUAGUGAGCUUCCUGACUUCGAUUUUGGUGAUUUUGGUGCUGAUGAGUUUGCUGGUUGGAUUGAGGAACCCCUCAAUAUACCUUGUGCCUAAGUUUUGUUAUUUGUUAUGGCCUCAAGUUCUGUUAGUUUUGUUUUUUGUUUUAUUUAUUAUUUGUGAGAUCUCAGGAAUUUGCAAUACCAAUUUCUGAGCGAGUGAAUGUUACUUUAUGCGUUUUAUAUUUUCAUUUGUUUUUGAGGGAGUUGUUAAGUUCUUAGUAAGAGUUAGAGCAGUGAGAUGGGGAGAGAAUCUUUUGGGUUUUUCCCGUGCUGUUAAGAGCCGUCCAAGGGGAUCUCGAACCAUGUUAUACUAUGUUAUUAAUUUAAGGUUCUUCUAUGGCAGAGUAUUUUAAUGAAAUGAACUUCGAUGUUUUGCAUCGUUUUUUCUA